AUGCUGUCAGUAGAACGUCCCUUUGGUAUUUAUCUAUGGCCUAUAUUUGCUAAAAUAUGGGAAAAAUGUAUGGGAUAUCCAGUGAAUCGAUUUGUUUUUGUUCCCGGAAAAACGUUUCUUUCUUCGUGGACAGAAGUUAUUAGUCUAAUUGUGCUAUAUUACGUUAUUAUAUUUCUUGGACAGUUAAUUAUGAAACCGUUUUCACCAAAAAGAUUGAAUACGAUUUCCCGGAUAUAUAACUUAUUUUUAAGCAUUUUAUCUGGAUGUUUCUUUUUGCUUCUUUUUGAGCAAAUGUUUCCUGUUGUAUGGAAAAAUGGAUUGUAUUAUUCAAUUUGUGAUGCUAGAUCAUGGUCACAGCCUACUGUUACAAUUUAUUAUUUGAAUUAUUUAAUUAAAUAUAUUGAGUUAAUGGACACAGUAUUUUUAUUCUUGAAGAAAAAACCUUUACAAUUUCUUCAUUGUUAUCAUCAUGGGGCUACCAUUUUUUUGUGCUUUUCACAAUUAAUUGGUCAAACUCCAGUGUCAUAUAUUCCAAUUUUUUUAAAUUUGGGGGUUCAUGUAGUUAUGUAUUAUUAUUAUUUUUUGUGCGCAUGUGGUGUUAAAGUAUGGUGGAAAAAAUGUGUAACUCUCAUUCAAAUUAUUCAAUUUAUUUUUGACCUUUUGUUUGUCUAUUUUGCAACAUAUACAUAUUUUGUAUACAAUUACUUUCCUUAUUUGCCGAAUCCUGGGGAUUGUGCUGGUAAAGAAUUUGCUGCUUUAACUGGAUGUUUUUUAUUGUCCUCAUAUCUCGUUUUAUUUAUUGGUUUUUAUGCUGCAACAUAUAAAUCUAAAGCUUCUGCGGUAAAUAAGAAUUUAAACAAUAAGAAUGUUCGUUUUAAUAAUAAAUUUGAUGAUGCUGACUUUAAACAUUUAAAUACCAAAUCAGCAAAAUCUACCAGUAUAAAUAACAUAGGAAUGACAACACGGUCUAGAAAGAUAUGA